AUGCAACUUAAGACUCCUGAUGAAGUUGUUUUGACCGAUGCAUUCAGACUUGGAGAUGGCCUCAUCUUUAAUUACAUGGAUGCUAGAAAAUUCCUUCUUACAGACAGUGCAAAGAAAAAUCCAAUUGAUAGACUCAUUUCCUACUUGAUUUAUCUGAAAAUUAUUGUUCCUAAUAGAUCAAAAUGGUCUCAAAGCUUAUUAAAGGCUACAGAUAUGUAUUAUGAUCACCUCAAAUUCUAUUUUGAAAAAUCUCAAGAUGAUCCUUUGGCAAUUGUAUCAACAAAAACUGAAACUGCAUUAAGAACAGAUAUAACAAAGGCCAUGCCGUAUUUUAAGUCCAUUGAUCCAUCAUUUGGCCUUGAUCUUUCAAAAAAGAUUGAUAUUGAAUUUAGAAUUUCAAGAAUUUUUGCAGUACUCGAACGAGAACAUCCAGAAAUACAAUAUACACAGGGCUAUGAUAAGUAUGGCUACAUUUAUUUCGCUCUUGCUUUAAGAUUUUGCCAACAAGGCAAUCUUCCUCUAGAAUUCGCUGAAGCUAUAGCUUAUCACCUUGUUUGCAGCACAUUAAGUCUCAUUCCAAUGGCCAGACUCCUUGAUAAUCAGAAAGAGCUUGUUAAACACUUUAAUGACCUCGAUAAGAUCCUUUUAAACUAUGACCGCCCUAAGUACAAUCUCCUUUCAUCCAAAGGAGUCUCCAUCCUUUUGUUUGGAGUCAAAUUCGAAUUAUUAUUAUUCUCAGAUGAGCACGAUAUUGAAUCAACAUUGAGAAUUUGGGAUCAAAUAUUCGGUAGGCUUGAGAGUUACAACUAUAUGAUCAAUGCAUUUACAAUUGCGCAUACACAUCAGAUCAAAAUACCAGAAAACUGUAUAAACGCUUUAGAUGAGAUCAAAAAGUUCAAGAAUUGGAAUGUAGACCAAUUAAUUACUGAUGCUGGCGAACUCAUGGCCCACAAACGAAGUUUCAAGGAAUCUAUGUGCAAAUAUUGCUGUCCAAAGCUUCCUCAGUAUCAUGGUUACAUUCUUUCACCAGAUGCUUUGUAA